AGGUAACUCAAAUACAUGUACUGCUAAUCAAUAAAAAAGUCAAUUUCAGAUCAUACGGUUGUUGACAGCAACGUCAACAUGACAUGACAACUUUUGUUCGCCGCGAUUGUUUCUGAUUUUUUCUCAGCAUUUUGAAAAUAAAUACGCUUUCCAAUGGCUGUUCCUGAUUACAAAUUAAGUGCUGUUUUAUACGGCCACUCGCUGGACGUGCGAUGUGUGGCUACGACAAAAGAAUUUUGUAUAUUAUCUGCUUCACGCGACAGGACCGCAAAGCUUUGGCAUCCGGAGGGAGUUAAGGAUUUUGUGAACGUGGUAACGUAUAAAGGGCACAGGAAUUUUGUGUCGUGUGUGUGCUGGUUGCCUCCUUGCGAAGCGUAUCCUGACGGGUUAGUUGUAACGGGCAGCAAUGACAACACAAUACUGGGAUAUAACCUUCAGGAUGGCGUGAUCCAGGUAACGCUUGAAGGUCACGAGAACGCCGUGUGUAGUGUUAAACCUGGAAGAGAUUCUGGAAUUUUAUUGAGUUCAAGUUGGGACAGUACAGCAAAAGUAUGGAACAUAAAUGCAAGUCGCACAUCUCCACUCUCACUCAAAGGUCACCAGGCUGCUGUAUGGGCGGCUGUGGAACUGUUCAAUGAUACAUAUGCUACAGCAUCAGCUGAUAAGACCAUCAAGUUGUGGAAGAAAGAUGGAUCUAUCAUUAGCACUUUAACAGGCCACACAGAUUGUGUCAGAGAUCUGGCUGUAGCCAAUCCUGAGACAUUCCUCAGCUGUUCAAAUGAUGCCUCCAUUAAACACUGGACUAAUAAAGGGCAGUGCCUUAACACAUACUAUGGACAUUCUAACUAUAUCUACAGUAUCAGCAUGAACCCAGUAGUGCCGCAAGGUUUCGCGACGUGUGGCGAGGACGGCGCCGUGCGGCUGUGGGCCGGCGGAGACUGCGUGCGCGAUAUAAGGCUGCCCGUACAAUCCGUCUGGAGUAUCACCUGUCUUGAUAAUGGAGAUAUCGUCACUGGCUCCAGUGAUGGUAUUGUAAGAGUAUUUACGAAAGACCCAGCGAGGUACGCGGAUGAAGCUGCACUGAAGCAGUUUGAGGAAGAUGUUGUCAAGAUGCAGGCAGCCACUCAACAGGAGAUUGGUGGAUUCAAAUUAUCUGAAUUACCGGGUCCAGAAGUUCUCCUAGAGCCCGGCAAGGCAGACGGACAGACGAAACUAGUCCGGCGCGGUACCAACGUUAAGUGUUAUUCUUGGAGCGCCGCGGAGAACACGUGGAACGAAAUCGGUGACGUCAUGGGGGCGCCCCCCUCCAGUGAGGGGAAGACCAUGUACCAGGGAAAGGAGUACGACUUUGUAUUUAGCGUGGACAUCAAGGAUGGCGCUCCACCAAUUAAACUUCCAUUCAACAAGACUGAAGACCCUUGGGUUGCCGCUCAAGCUUUUAUACACAAAAACAAUCUACCUCAAGUAUAUUUGGAGCAGGUCGCUAACUUCAUUAUCACCAAUGCCAAACUGGAUUCACAGCCUGUAUCAAGCAACGGUUUCGCGGACCCGUUCACAGGCGAGUCUCGCUACGUGCCGGGGUCGGGUUCAGUCCCCGGCCUGCCGCCCCCCUCCCACGCCGACCCCUUCACCGGCUCCGGCGCCUACACUACUACCGGAACUACUACAUCCCGAGAGAAAAUGCUGAUACCACACGAUGCUUAUAUUAGGUUCGAUCAAGCCAACUUGAAAGCGAUACAUGACAAGCUGAAAGAGUUCAACAGCAAAGUAGGAGAUGGACUGAGCGCACUUACCGAUGAUCAACUGGAAUCUGUCGUCAAACUGUGUGAACCGAAUAAUGUGUACAACAAUGAAACCAUAACGAUACUGAAGAAGAUGCUGGAAUGGCCCAAAGAAAUACUAUUCCCCGUAUUGGACAUCACUAGGUUAGCAGUAAGGAAUAAAGAAAUUAACGGCCAGAUAUUCGACACGUCUUACGGGCCCACUUUCAUCAAAUAUCUACUGUCUCUCUUAGGACCAGAUAAUCUUCCAGCCAACCAGAUGUUAACGAUGCGAGUGUUAGUGAACGCAUUCAGUGACCUCCCCGGGGAAAUGCUGGUACUGGCUGCGAGGGAGAGUGUCGUGCACUCCCUCAUAUGUCUCUCGCAACUCAACAAUAAUGCUCAGAUCGCAGCUACAUCGUUGCUAUUGAACUUAUCAGUAGCGCUGGCACAACAGCCCGACAGUGUAGACCUUGCAGAUUGCUUAGUGCAACUGUUGCCCAGGAUUACGGACAAUGAAGCCUAUUUCAGAGGUCUCGUAGCACUCGGCACUCUCCUAGCAGAAUCUCCAAACAAGCUACAAAUUCAAACAAGAAUAGUGUCCAGCACCCAAUUACACAACAGGUUGAAAAAGGACAGUGGCAACACUAUGGAUCAAAAUUACGCUAAAAUAGCAACACUGUCGCAACAAGUGCUCAGUCUCUUAUGAACAAAACUUACAAAAGUACUUUAUAAGGCUGUUAUUUAUAUUAUUAGAUUUAAACAAUCAUUUUUGUAUGUUCAUAUUGACACUUCUGCUCUGGAUUUGAAAAGCUGAUCUUCAAUAUGUCGGCGGCUUCUAUUCAAUGUUCCUUCAGCUAAUGUUCAAUUGGAAAUGAUGAGGUGUCACAAAUAAGCAAUAAUUUAUAAUCGCAUCGAUACUGCCUUCAAUUAGGAUUACAUGGCUAACUUAUUCUACAAUAAUAUCUAUAUUGUAACCCUACUUAUCCUAUUGGGUGCGAAGACAAAAUUAUAGAUAAAUAUUAGAAUAAUUUAGAACUUCGUUGUUGUGUACGACUAUGAUUCUUGUCGGACAACAGAAAAUGGAUAUUAUGAACUGUUGACUCUGCCCAGUUAAGUCUAUUUUUUAUUACACGUAAUUAUUACAUAGUUGAAUAAAACACGGUAAUAGUUGAAAUGUAUUGUAUUUCAUAAUGUACAUGUAACUAUACAUUCGCUUGCUACCCGUCAAUGGAAGCAUGGUACAACACCAGACAUUGCAGCAAUAAUAAUAAAUUGUAUAAAAUAUUAAAAUAAAAACUCUUUUAUUUCAUAACCUAUACUUUACACAUACCUAAUAUUUCAACUAGAUAUUAUCAACUUCAGAUGACGACUAAAUAUUGUUUAGAAGAAUUGGAUAACUUCCUCAGUCAAAACGAAUAGUAUCUACUUUUCAAACAAUAAAAUAUUUAAAAAAAUAUGCACACACUAAUAUUAUGUAUUUGAUUUUAUGAUACACUUAAUUUUAUAGGUAAAAAACAAGUAUUAUAUUUGAUGCAAAAACUAUGACAACAUAACUCAGAAUGUCGUAUACUUUUAUAUAAAAAAAAAGAUAUUGAACUUUUCUAAUUAAAAACCCUAUUUGCUACCCUGAGCAUCAAUUCUUCUAAACACAUUAUACAUUUACAUACCUAAUUAUAUUGUAACAGUUAAAUUAGAACAACAGUUAAAAAGUUACAUUAUUUAUAUCAACAUUAUCAAUCACAUUAUGUUACAGAUACAGGCAAAAUGCCAGAGUAAAUAAAAAAAUAGUUACAUAAUAUUUUACAUAAGAAAUGGCUGAAACGACGAUCAAUAAUU